AUGAGGACCAACACACCUUUCGUCGCGUGCCGGACCUGCUCUUGCAAACUUUAUCCCUACACCUACCCGCCUUUGGAUGGGGAGACUCAGAUCAGGCUGCUUGAGCUCUGCCCGGGCCAAGGAACAGCGAACAUACAUGCAAAGCUCAAGAACUACACAAUAGGCUCGACUCCAGCAUACACGGCAAUAUCCUACAGAUGGAGAUCCAAAGAUCCUCUCCGCGCCGUCCACUUGGAUGGCAUGCGGCUCUUCGUACGCAACAACAUAGUCGACCUGCUGAAAUGUCUUCGAGAUCCGCAAAAGUCUCGCAUGCUCUGGAUCGACGCCAUUUGUAUCGACCAGUCUGACGUUCAGGAGCGCAACGGCCAGGUCGAGAAUAUGGGAUUGAUUUACGAACGAGCUGAAACGGUCGUCUCUUGGCUGGACUUACAAGACGGACACGUACUCCGAAAGACGUCCGAGCUUCUGUCAGCUCCUAAUCUCUGGAAAUACACCGACUUCCGUAAAGGAAGAGAGGAUUGUCACGAAUUAUGGGAGGCUUUGGAGCAGGUCAUGACGCAUGACUAUUGGACUCGGACAUGGAUCAUCCAGGAAAUCAUCACCGCCCAGCGCGUGAUCCUUCAAUCAAGAUCCUCUGCCAUACUACUGAGUGUCUUGGAAGACUUUGCGUACUGGGUCAUGAUCCUAAAGAAUUCAUCCAAAGCCAUUCACGCUGAUUGGGAAGGCAUCGCCGCCGCAAACUGCAUCCUACUUUGCGAACAUCGAAUGGCCGCCUCCACCCAAUCGAGUUCUCGCCAACCCUUGGCACACCUCCUUAUGCGAUACGCAAACUUUGACUGCACGGAUCCCCGAGACAAAGUAUUCUCUCUGCUCAACAUGUCAAUUGAGCUUGACAUAUCCAUCAUGGUUAACUAUGCCUUUACCUGUGCAGAGCUGUUUGUCGAGGUGCUGCGCUGCUUAAGUCGGUCUGGGGAAUUACGAGCGAAGGAGGUCGUUGGGAUGGCAGCGCUAUUAUACAAGCACCUCCUCUGCGACUAUCCCUCCGAGAUCGAGCGGCGAAACGCAGUCUAUGCUGUGGGGAGCACAUUGGAGUUCGAAAUUGAACCAUAUCCACGUGGCCACAUCACCUCAAUAUCGGUUCAUGAGGAGCCGCCACAGCUCAGGCAACUUCGCAAUCAAGCUGCAGGAAUGAGAGAGACGCCGCAGGUGAAUCGACAAAAGCGCAUGCCGCAGAGUUUGGCCUGGCGGACUGCAAUGUCAACGAGGGCGACAAAGUCUAUCAGUUCAGCAAUACCAACUUCGCUGUUGUCACGAGACGUGAACUACAACUAAAUGAUUUCCAACACAGGGUAGAGGAGCGAAUAGUAGGGCCUGCCCUGUUGAGUGGCCCGAUUGGCGCGACUGAAUGGAAUCCCUUCGUCAGAUCGACCGACAUGUCGUCCUGGUUCAAGUCGUUUGACUCGACGCAUGCUGAUGCAGCGGGAUACAACACUGCC